AUGCAAGACUAAAAGGCUGUUGAAGAACAAAAAUUCUGUAGCUACAUAUUUAAUUUAAUUUUAAAUAAAGGAGGUGUCAAAAUGCACAUGUCAAUAGCUGAUAUUACUAAAGAAAUGCAAGCUUUAGAUCCUAAAGAUAGUGUAAAUCACUUCAGAAAAAGAUUUGGAAAUAUGGAUUAAUGCUUAAGAGAAAUUUAAAAUCCUUUCUAUACCAUAGACAACCACAUAGUAAUUACAUUCAAACCUCACGAUUAGAUUAUCUAACUACACUCCUAAGGCCACAUCAAUGAGGAAGAUUUCAAGCUAUAUGAGAAAGUAUAUCAAGAAAAUGAAAAAAAAAAACUAGAAGAUCAUAAAUGA